CAUAUCACUGGGGGUCCUGGAGGGGUAGAGAAGGUCGCGUGAGGUGAGGUUGCGGGGGUAACGUGCACGAGUCGGGUCCCGUCCCGGGCACGUCUCUGUUCUGUGCGCUUUUUGGGGGGAAUUGUUUGUGUUCGUGUUUUUAUGUAUCUAUUUGUUUCUGAUCCACUCGCUGUUUUUUUCUGCGGAUUUUUGGACGUAUUUUUUUAAGGUGGGGGAUGGGCGCAGACGAACGGUACCGACACACGCACACACUCAUGCACACACACAAAAAAGAAAGUUUAACCACUUCACGGACCUCUCGCGGCGUCACGGCAGCUGUUGCCGAGUCCAGGAUUUAAAAUCCAGGUCCAGCAAGUGAAAAUCCAUCCCAGGAUUUGUUUUCAACUGCGUUGGCUAGUCUGCUGCAGCUCAUCAAACCGUUUAAGGCAGUUGGAACAAAAUCGUGUAAUGGAUUUUUACUUUGUAGACUUACUGAAUCAACUCGGCUAGAGCAGAGCCGCACAAGGAGUUGGAACUAAAUUAUGGGAUUGAUGAAGAAAAAAACAAGAAAUCGAGUAAAUAUGCAUUUUGUUGCAGAAAUGAAAAUCUAGAAAAAUGAAUAAAAUCCCUUUUUACUAUUUGUUUUACUAAAUUGGACGGACAAGAUUAAAUAAGUUUUAAACAAGUUUUACAAGCAAUUUCUAUUUUCGCAUUUAGUCUCAAAUGCUUAAAAUACUGCACUAAUAAAUAUUGCUCUGACCGAAUACACAGCUCUACUAACAUAACUACAACUGUCCUUUCAUGUUAAGUGGUUUAUCAGUAUUUUGGGAGCAAUGCAGUCCUAGCAAUUUUUGAAACGUUUAUUUGACACGUCCUUCAUUUUAUUAUUAAUCAGGUAUCGAUUAGAAAUUAACCAUAUCUUUUCUAACUGAAUGUCUUAAAAAAUAGGUUCCAGUAUGAAAUGGCAUGAAGCAGCGUAACAGUAGCUAUCAAUAUGGAACAAAGUUCUUAUAGUUCUCUUAUUAUAGUUGUGAAACUAAAACGAUAAAAAUUUACCUACAGGAGAAUAUUGUUGUGAUUUUAGGCAACUUCGUAGCAUAAUCUAAACACACACGCAUACAUUCACAUAUACACCACCUCCCCCCUGCCCGUCUGUGCUGUUGGUUCAGUCCGGCUCGCCCCCAGUUCCUGCGUUUGUCCCGGGAUGACCUGUUGAUGUCUGUAAAAUAAGACAAGUUUCCUGCGGUGGUGCUGGCCAAAGCGCCAUGGCUCAGACCCUUCAGAUGGCGAUCCCAAACUUCGGCAACAACAUCUUGGAGUGUCUGAAUGAGCAGCGGCUGCAGGGCUUGUACUGCGACGUGUCCGUGGUAGUAAAGGGCCAUGCAUUCAAAGCCCACCGUGCCGUGCUGGCUGCCAGCAGUUCCUACUUCCGUGACCUCUUCAACAGCAGUGCCGGAAGCAAGACGCCCACAGUGGUGGAGCUCCCUCCGGCCGUGCAGCCGCAAAGCUUCCAGCAGAUCCUGGCCUUCUGCUACACUGGGAGACUCAGCAUGAACGUAGGUGACCAGUUUUUGCUCAUGUACACGGCUGGGUUCCUACAGAUCCAGCAGAUCAUGGAGAAAGGUACAGAGUUCUUCCUGAAGGUCAGUUCCCCAAGCUGCGACUCACAAGGCCUCCACACAGAAGAAACUCCACCAUCCGAACCUCAAAGUCCAGUCACUCAGACGGCAGCCGGAGCAUCAGCCAAUGGAGGAGGAGGGGGCGUGGUUGCCACAGCAGCCAGCCGCCCAGCAUCCUGCUUGACCCCCCUGCCCUUGGUGUCUAGGGUAAAAACGGAGCAGCCCGAAGCUUCACCCUACUCUGUAGUUUGCACCCCUGUAGCCAAAAGGCUUUGGGAGGGUAGUAGCCGAGAAGGGGGCGGAGGAUCUGGAGGUUCAGGAGGGGGCGGGAUUAGAAAAGCUGCCCGAUUUUCUCAAGAAGCGUCACGAGGGAGCGCCAUCCAGCAACAGGGACUGAACAUGGGCUUGGCAGUGGCAACAGGAGGCACCAACGGCAAUGGUAACGGCACCAGCAGUGGCGCUACCCCAGAGGGCACCAGCCCGGGCACCAUGAGCGCCUAUGCCAGUGACUCUCCAAUCUCCUAUCAUGAUGAUGAAGAAGAGGAAGAAGCGGUUGAAGAUGGCACAGAGGAGCAGUACAGGCAAAUCUGCAACAUGUACACCAUGUACAGCAUGCUAAACAUGGGUGCUGCAGCAGGUGAACGAGUAGAGGCUCUCCCGGAUCAUUCGGAGACUCGGAGCCGGAUGCGCGGGAGACAGGACCUAGCAUCUUUGCCGGCUGAGUUAAUUGCGCAGAUCGGCAACCGCUGCCAUCCUAAACUGUAUGAGGAGGGAGAUCCAGCUGAGAAAUUGGAGCUGGUCACAGGCACAGGUGUGUUCAUCUCACGAGCUCAGCUGAUGAACUGUCAUGUUAGCGCUGGAACCAGACACAAAGUCCUGCUGAGGAGGUUGCUGGCUGCUUUCUUUGAUAGGAGCACUCUGGCCAACAGCUGUGGCACGGGUAUCCGCUCCUCCACUAAUGACCCCAGUCGCAAACCGCUGGACAGCCGCGUCCUGCACGCUGUCAAAUUUUACUGCCAGAACUUUGCGACCAGCUUCAAAGAGAGUGAGAUGAACGCGAUUGCGGCGGAUAUGUGCACCAAUGCCCGACGUGUGGUGCGAAAAAGCUGGAUCCCUAAGCUAAAGCUGCUGAUGGCCGAGAGCGACGCCUACGCCAGCUUCCUACCAGAAAGCAUCAAGAUGGAGGCCGACGCCCUCGGGGCGGAGCAGGGUUUCGAGCCAGCUGACCUGGAGGGUGGCGCUCCAGAGACGGGCGGAUCGGCCGGGGAGUCGCUGCAGGGCGUGGGUGGAGACGGAAGUGCUUUGUUCCAGUGAUUUGGAGUUGAUUGGGGAAAAAAAGUAGAAAAAGAAAAAAGGAAACACCCACUCCCAACCACCCACCGCUCCCCAUGUCUUUCUGCUGCCCCUUAUAAAGAAAAAACCUGCCUACUGCCACCCUGCCUCCAACUCUGGACUCCGCUGCUUCUGCUUGAGAUGGAGGUGGAGAAGGCGUGAGGGGUGGAGGAUUAUGUUUGAAGAUGAGAAGAUGCUUGAUGAUCAGGGGAGCUAGUGUUCAGAAGUUGAAUUUUCCAAAAAAGGUCAAGCCUGUCCAAUAGGAGAUGCGAUUAUUGGACAGUCCUCAGUUUUGGAUUGAAAUUUUCUGCUUUAUAGAAAAUUCCUGCUUCGUGAACCUCCUCCUCCUCCAAAGGGUGCCUGAAAUUCGUUCCUGGAGAGUGUAGAGUUUAGUUAAACCACAUAUCUUGUUUAGGGCUGCAUAAUACACAGAAUAUUGGUAUUGCGAUUAGAGUGCUGACACAACUGAGACAAAACAUCUGACAAAUCAAAUUGCCAAUUCCUUUAAUGUUCCCUGUGAAGAAAAUCACUGAUAGAGAUACUAAAAUAUAGGGAGAACCAUAUCACUAUUGAAAUAUUUUUAUAUCUUGAUAUAUACGGAUUGAAUUAUUGUUCAGCCUUAAUAUCUUUUUUGUUAAAUUUAUCUAACUAUCAACGAGCAAAAAUACAUAUUUGUUCAUUGUAUAGUCAGCCUUAGCUAACUUUACAAAAUCCAGGCUAAUAUCGCAAUACUGAAUUACAAGCGUUCUAUUCUGCAGCCCUAUUGCUUUGAUCUUUAAUACUCUUGGAAGCUUUGAUUGUCAGUUUCUGGUAACCAAUGCUGUGUUCUAAUAUUAGGUUUAGUACUAAACUCUGCCAGUGUGGUACCAGAAUCAUGGGCUAGCGUACAGAAAACUGAGGAGUAUGUGGAGUUUCUUAGGAGGCGGGGGUGCGCUUUUAUUUGUUUUUCCUUUAUAAUCGUUCCCUUAUUUUAUUUGUUUAUUACUAAACUUCUAUUUGCACAGAAGCCCCCUGCCUCCAUGCUUUGCAGAUAUAUGUAUCUUAAAACAAAAAUCCUAUUUUAAUUUUCUGACUAAUUCCACUGAUUACGAAAAAGACCCACCCCUUUUUUUUGUUUGUUCUCCUUUCCAAGCUUUCUCAAACACACAAUGUAUGUGCACACACAUUCUCAAGUGGCGGUGGUUUCGAGGUUUCCCUGAUCACACUGUACUGAUUUUUAAUUUUUAUUAUUUUUUGAAUGUACAAGUCAGCAGCGCUUGGCUGUGCAAGACUAGCCGAUUGUAUUUUGGCCUGAGAGAGGGAGGAAAAGAGUCGUACCCACUGUAGCAAUGUAGACAGGCUGGAGAGAGAGAGCACAGAAUGGAGAGAAAGAGGACGAGAAUGAGAAAGGUGUAGGUGGCUCACUCUUUCUCCAGAAUUGGAAAGAAUUUAAUUCCCUCCUCUACUCCUAUUCUUCCUCAAACAA